AGAAAACCAAUGUCUAAAGUCAAGCCUCGGAGCUGUCUAAGUUCACAACUCAGACGGUAGGAAUUCAUUGAACCACCUGGGAACUGGGAUAGGUAAACCCGAAGUAAUGGCUGAAGCAAUCCCACUGCGAGAAAAGAAGCAGAAAACUCUCCCUCGGUCUGAUGGGUGUGGUCUGAAUAACUUUGACGCUCUGGACUUGUCUGGAGGGUUGAGGAUCGUCCUGGUGGGAAAGACUGGAUCAGGCAAGAGUGCGUCAGGAAACACCAUCCUGGGGAGAGCAGCCUUCAGAGAGGACCCCAGCCCCGUGUCCGUCACCAAACACUGUGAGACAGGAAGCGGGGAGGUGGACGGGACUGUGGUCCAGGUGAUUGACACUCCAGGUCUGUUUGAUACAGGUAUCACAGAAGAAGAAUUAAAGACCAGAAUAGAGGAGUGCGUGAAGAUGUCGGUGCCGGGACCUCACGCCUUCCUGCUGGUGAUCAGGCUGGGCGUCCGCUUCACGGAGGAGGAGAGGAACGCCGUGAAGUGGAUCCAGGACAACUUUGGAGACGACGCCUCCAUGUACACUAUCAUGCUGUUUACAUGCAAAGAUCAGGCCAAAGCUGACAAUGCUCUGAAGGAGUGCAAGGAGCUGCGGAGACUCUCUAUUACAUUUGGACGCAGAUAUCACGCCUUCAACAACAACGACGCAGAGGAUCAAGUACAGGUCAAAGAGCUGAUCACCAUGAUCAAGGAAAUGAUUCAGGAUAACGGGGGGAAACACUACACCAACGAGAUGUACGAAAGGGCCCAGAGGAAGCUGAUCGAGGAGGAGGACCGCAAGAAACAAGAGGAGGAAGAGAAGAAAGAGGAGGAGAGGAAAAUUUGGGAUGCAGAGAGGGAGAAGAGAGAGAAAGAGAGAGAAAAGGAGAAAAAGGUUAAAAGAAAGAAUAUCCGCGUGGCCUCGGCUGCUGCUGCUGUGCUGGUGGCUGCCGGCGUGGUGAUCGCGGUGGGAGCCGGCACCAUGGUGGCUCUGGCGCUCGGAGCGCCGCUGCUCGUCCUGGGAGUGCUGUGUGGGUUAGCUGCCUUCUGCAUAUGGAAGGGUAUAACAUGUAAACCCAAAGCAAAUGUUCCAGUAUAGCUAGGCAGAUAUAAGAAUAUACAGUAGAAGUAUUGCACACAUUAUUAUUUCAGACCAGUCACCAGAUAAAAAUGUUGGUAUUGAAAUGAAACCAAUUUGGCAUCUUCAGCCUUUGUUUAAGAAGCACCAGGCUUUAAAUCCAGUGUGUCAAUAUGAGAUGCUCAGAGCUGAACACCAGCAGGGUCAGACUCUAGAUGGAGGGUUCAAAUACACACUGGACUGUAAAACCCAAUGUUGCUUGUUUGUCAUUAUAACUAAUUUUUCCUUUUCAAUACAAGAAAGAUUUGUGCAAAAGUCAUUUUAACCUAAAAUAUUGAGUCAAAUAGGAAGAUUCAUUUGAGUUAACUCCGUUUUCUUUGUUGUCUUGACAUAAAAUUAUUUUGCAGCAUCGACACUCAAAUAUUUAAGUUGAAACAACAAGUUGGGUUUAACAGUGUGGACUUUUACAAAGAGACAGCAGUUCAUGUCCCAUUUGAAAAUGAAACAUUAUGUAAGAAACAUACUUAUUUUAACCCAAACCUAAAUCUUUUCCUAAAUCUAACCAAGUACUUUUUGUAUGGAUUCAAAAUGUUCACUACUGCAAAAUAGGCCUCCGAGAUGUAAUGUAACAAACAGUAACGUACAGUUUUGAGCAAUAAGUCCUCUAAACUGUAAAGCUACAGGCCCGUUUGUUCCUAACGUUAGCACAUUAGCGCCCCCUACUGGUGGCAGGAGGUCACCACGGCAACACCUCAACCCAAUGAUCACCAGCUUAAGACCGUUUUAAGUUUUUAACACUGGGAAACUGUUGCAGGUGGUUUAAGGCAACAAAAGUACUUGCUGAUGGUUAGAGAACAUAAGGACACGUUUGGUUUUACAGAAGACGGUUAACAAAUGGUGUAACGUCCACAUUUAUACAAGUGGAGGACACAAAGUCUGUUCUCCUGCUGAAAGUCUCCCCAUAAACUCUCCAGAUCUCCCUCAGUGGACUUUGUUGUUCUUUAUACUUCAUAUCUUCACUUCCGCCUGUGUUUUACCCUCCAUAACAUAAUUUCUUCCACAGGAAAUAUGGCAAAUAUGGGGUGUUUUUAGCUGCUGCACAAAUUAAAUAUGUGGUAAUUUUUUGCGAGGGGUUGGUGGGCACAGUGCCAAUAUCUUAUUGUGACUCAGUUGACUAUUUACUGUUUAGAAGUCAUCAGUGAAUGAUGUUGUUUUGGCCUUUUCUGCAUUCUGCCUCAAAAGUUUUGACACACCAUUAUAAUAACAGAUGUGAAUGUAAUACUGACAGUAAACAAACGGUAUGAAAUGCAAUUACUGUUUUCUUUUGUUUGUUUUCCUUUCACUCAUUUAUUGUUUAGCUUAUACAUGAAAUUCACAUCACAAUACUUGAACAGAAAUGUUGUGGCUGAUGAAAAACUGUUUGAAUCCUAAUAAAUAAUGUGAGAAUUUA